UCCUAGAUCUCUCCAGCACAAUCAGCACCAGGAGCUCAUGAAGAAGAUGGCUCCUGCCAUGGAAUCCCCUACUCUACUGUGUGUAGCCUUACUGUUCUUUGCUCCAGAUGGCGUGUUAGCAGUCCCUCAGAAACCUACGGUCUCCUUGAAUCCCCCGUGGAAUAGAAUAUUUAAAGGAGAGAAUGUGACUCUUACAUGUAAUGGGAGCAAUUUCUUUGAAGUCAGUUCCAUGAAAUGGUUCCACAAUGGCAGCCUUUCAGAAGUGGCAAAUUCAAGUUUGAAUAUUGUGAAUGCCGACUUUGAGGACAGUGGAGAAUACAAAUGUCAGCACCAACAAUUUGAUGACAGUGAACCUGUGCACCUGGAAGUCUUCAGUGACUGGCUGCUCCUUCAGGCUUCUGCUGAGGUGGUGAUGGAGGGUCAGCCCCUCUUCCUCAGGUGCCAUAGUUGGAGGAACUGGGAUGUGUACAAGGUGAUCUAUUACAAGGAUGGUGAAGCUCUCAAGUACUGGUAUGAGAACCACAACAUCUCCAUUACAAAUGCCAGAGUUGAAGACAGUGGCACCUACUACUGUACGGGCAAACUGUGGCAGCUGGACUGUGAGUCUGAGCCCCUCAACAUUACUGUAAUAAAAGCUCGGCAUGACAAGUACUGGCUACAAUUUCUUAUCCCAUUGUUGGUGGCGAUUCUGUUUGCUGUGGACACAGGAUUAUUUAUCUCGACUCAGCAGCAGGUCACAUUUCUCUUGAAGAUUAAGAGAACCAGGAAAGGCUUCAAACUUCUGAACCCACAUCCUAAGCCAAACCCCAAAAGCAACUGAUAUAAUUACUCCAGAAAUAUUUGAAACAUUACUUUUUUUUCCAGCAUCAGCAAUUACUACUCAAUUGUCAAACACAGCUUGCAAUAUACAUAGAAACGUCUGUGCUCAAGGAUUUAUAGAGAUGUUUCAUUAAACUGAGUGAAACUGGUUAAGUGGCAUGUAAUAGUAAGUGCUCAAUUAACAUUGGUUGAAUAAAUGAAGAAUGAAUAGAUUCAAUUUAUUAGCAUUUGUAAAAGAGAAGUUCAAUUUCAAUAAAAUAAAUAUAAAACCAUGUAAUAGAA